AUGGACUACCUGUUGGAUCGGUAUCUGUUCGAUAACUUGCCUUUCACAGUCUCGCCUGAAACUAGGAAAGGUAUAGGUCAGAAAGCUGUCACCAUGGUCCAGUGGGCGGAUUGGUUUUGCAAAUACAAAAGUCCCGUAGAAUUGAUCCAGAAUAACCCGUACUUUUUCGCUGCUGAGCUCGUCUUUGGAUUUUUAUGUAUGCUCACAUUUGCUCAUGCCUAUCGUCAUGGCGGUCGGUAUCUAUACACAUGGAUUGCCGUAACUGUACAUGCGUUUGUCAUCGAAACACUAGCUAUCUCUGUACCAGAAUUGAAUCUUUAUUGGCAUGCACAGGGUAUGUUGAGCUUUUUUGGAAUGAGAGUUCCUCUCUAUGCCCUUUUUGGAUUUCAUCAAAUGUUUCUCUACACAUCCUAUGUCCUUGUUAGCAGAAUGCGCCUACCUUGGUGGGGUGAAGGGCCUGCGGUUGGCCUGAGUUCUGUGAUGCUUCAAUUACCAUUCCGUAUGUUAGGUACGAAGUUGCUGUGGUGGACGUGGCACGAUACUGAUCCAACGAUCAAAGACAGAAUGUUCUGGACUCCAUGGAGCUCUUUGUAUUUUUAUGCCGCAUGUGCUUGUUCUUUUGUAUGGAUGCUCCGACUAACUAGACGCUUGUUGCUUGAAAAAGAAUAUGACUGGAUGAAAUUCCCAAAGGAGUUGACAUGCUCCUUUCUUACUGGAGUAUUGUCGUACUGGCUAGGAACCGCACAGUUCUCGCUACUUUACUAUCCAUUACAUGACUUUUUUGAGGUGCAUACCGAGAUUACCACCAUCGUAUUUCUUGCCUUCUACGCCCUUCUGGUCUUCAUUGCUGAUAGAAAUAAUCUGGAUAUAGAAGCUAGAAAUGGUAUGCGCUACUGGUUUGAUGAACUCUCUUGCGCGAUAACGCUGGAGUAUAUCUUCCUUAUGGUGUUAGUUGCUUCAGCAGAUCCUCUCAGUGUCGUCAGCGAGGGCCUUCAUCAGCCCAUCGGACCUUGCAAAACAAUGGAAAGUGUACGAACUCCAGCUGGAUUGACACUCCACAGAGAGAAAUAUCUGUGCGCUAACAAGUUCCAGCAGAAUUAUUUCGAUUUCCACUGUGUUCCAAACGGUACCCCUCAACAGCAAGACGAUGGUACUGGAGUGCUGCGUCCUUUGGAGUAUUACGCCGUAUGCGGUACAGACUUUAUGAAUCGCGCUGAAUAUGUCACCAUCAUCUGGUCGUGUUGUGCUAUUUUUGCGAUGUUCUUCUAUCAAAUGGCUGCUUGUUCAGGGCCAACACCCAUUGAUCCCAUAAGGGUUCGUCGGCGUGUUGCUCGAGAUACCCCAUCAAGUUCCACACGUAUGAAUGGAGGGCGAGCAGCACACAACUAUGAGUCGCAGCGAUCGCAUGAAGCGGAGAUCUCACCGAAGAAGGAUCCCAUAAUGACACCCAUGCUGCCUCGUCAUGAUACGUCGAUCAAGGACGUGAAAGCCGAAGAAGAAAGUGAAGUAAAAGAUGAGGAAGCACCGAAAAAGCCAUUCAUUCCACCAGUGAAGAAAAAUGUAUCAAGAAAAGCAGUUCCACCUUCGACUCGUGUGUUACGCUCACGCAGCCAGAAAUCGGAUCGUUGAGCACAAAGUGGAAAACGUUACGUUAGUUACGCUAGCAGAUUUUUUUUAUUUUUUUCGAUGACUUUAAUCUCAGCAAAACCUCUUGUCUUCUGUACAGAUUCCCUCUUCCCCUACCUUAAUUCCUAAAGUAAUUUGAUAUCUACGCUCAGUGGUGACGGUUAACUAUCUCCAAAGUUCAUCCAAAAGAUAUGAUUUAUUUAGUUUUUUUUAAUGCAUUUCUCCUUUAUUUUAUAAGCUCCUGCUUCCAUUCCGUUGACGAGUAUUUUUGAUCUCACCUCAAGGUGUUUUUGCAUGUCUCAAAUUCUUUAGAGUUUGUCGUUUCUUCCAUAGAAUGAAGUAUUUGGCU